AUGGUCGACAUAGUCGGCAAGGCGGGCACCAGGCCCAAGUGGCCCUCCUUCAACGCGCAGUCGCUUCCGAGCAAAGUCGAAACGGUUCAGCUCCUCACGUUGUCUGAAUGCACCGACACACGAUGGUGGCGUACAGCGUUGCUGCUUCCUGGCAUGAUUGUCAAGAAGAAAGGCGUAGUCGACCUUUUUAUGGUUGCCGGUCGAUGGCCUGAUCGCGCUGCUGCAUGCCUUUGGCCAAUGAAGAAGUUGACAAACAAGGUGAUGGUGCCCGAGACCAUCACCCACAAGAGUCAGUUGACCUGGGCAUGUGUCCUCAAUGUGCUGGAUUGGCAAGCAGUCGAGCACGAAAUCAUGAGCCCCCUGCAUAUGUUCCUUACGGACAAAGCCCUCAGAUCCAGGGCGGAUCUGCAAGGUCGUGUGCUUGUGAAGUCGAAUGGGACCGUGCCCCUCCUGACAUACUUGGCCAACAAAGGCUUCAGUGGACUGCCGUUGCGGUUGGUGAAGCGCAUCCGAAAGGAGCUGCUCGGCCAUGCAGUCGACACCGACGGGGGCGAGGGUGAAGCGGAUGAGGAGGCGGAAGCAGUCGCUGAUCCAGCUGACGAACUUUGCGACAAUGUGUGGGCCGCCGUGACGGGAACGCUGGAGUGCGGAGAUGCUCGUGCGGCCGAGAUUCUGGAAAAGUCGAUUGCACUCCGAGGCCCCGACAACAAGUACUUCGAUCUCUUAAAUUGCGAAGAGAUCCAGGAUGCUUUCAAGGAGGACGACUACAAGGAAGUCGCAAAAUAUUUGGAGAAUGUGGAAAGUCGCGACAAG